AUGGCCACGCGGAUCGGACUCCUCUGGCUGCUGGGCCUGGUUCUGUGCGCUCUGGGCGUCGGCCACGGCCCGCGUCCCCCGUAUGUCUUUCCCCAGCGUCGUCUGGGAGUACACGAGCGCCGAAACAUGCAGCGAGAGAUCCUGGCGGUGCUCGGGCUGCUUGAGCCGCCCCGACCCCGUGUGCCACCCGCUGCCUCCCGGCAGCCAGCGUCCGCGCCGCUCUUCAUGCUGGACCUGUACCACGCCAUGGCCAACGACGACGACAGUGGGUCCCUGCAUUCUCACCUGGGGCGCUCCGACCUGGUCAUGAGCUUCGUCAAUAUGGUGGAGCGAGACCGUACCCUGGACUACCAGGAGCCACACUGGAAGGAAUUCCUCUUUGACCUAACCCAGAUCCCUGCUGGGGAGGUUGUCACAGCUGCUGAGUUCCGGAUCUAUAAAGAACCCAGCACCCACCCACUCAACACAACUCUCCAUGUCAGCAUGUUCGAGGUGGUCCAGGAACACUCCAACAGGGAGUCUGACUUGUUCUUUUUGGAUCUUCAGACGCUUCGAUCUGGGGACGAAGGCUGGCUGGUGCUGGACAUCACAGCAGCCAGUGACCGAUGGUUGCUGAACCAUAACAAGGACCUGGGACUCCGCCUCUAUGUGGAAACCGAGGAUGGGCACAGCAUAGAUCCUGGCCUGGCCGGUCUGCUGGGACAACAAGCACCACAAUCCAGACAGCCUUUCCUGGUCACCUUCUUCAGGGCCAGCCCGAGUCCUGUGCGGGCCCCGCGGGCAGCGAGGCCACUGAAGAGGAGGCAGCUAAAUAAAAGCACCCGGGUGCAGCCCUCCAACAAACAUCUACGAGUCUCUGAUGGUCAUGGCGCUCGAGGCAGAGAUGUUUGCCGUAGGCACGAGCUCUACGUCAGCUUCCGGGACCUCGGCUGGCUGGACUCAGUCAUUGCCCCCAAAGGCUACUCAGCCUAUUACUGUGCUGGAGAGUGCAACUACCCAUUUACCUCCUGCAUGAACUCUACCAAUCACGCCACCAUGCAGGCCCUGGUGCACCUGAUGAAGCCAGAUGUCGUCCCCAAGGUGUGCUGUGUGCCCACCGAGCUGAGUGCCAUUUCUAUGCUCUACUAUGACAGCAGCAACAAUGUCAUCCUGCGCAGGGAGCGCAACAUGGUGGUCCAGGCCUGUGGCUGCCACUGAGUUGGCAGCCUGCUGCCAUUGGCCCAUUAUCUGCUCAGCCCCUCUGACCAGGAAACAGAGACCCUAUCAGAUCCAAGGCCAAGGUGGAAAAGUCAGGUUUUCAACUCUUA